UGGGUUGUUGCUGUACUCAUGGAAGUAGGAGAGCAGCAAAUGAAACCAACCAGGACAGCGCUGGUGACACGAGUGGAAAACUUCAACGCUGCUCAUCGCCUCCACAGUAAUUACUUGAGUGAUGAAGAGAAUAAGAGAAUUUUUGGAAAAUGCAACAACCCAAAUGGUCAUGGCCAUAACUACAAAGUGGAAGUUACAGUACGUGGCGAGGUCAAUCCACACACAGGGAUGGUGAUCAACAUUACAGAGCUCAAGGAGCACAUGCAGGAAGCUAUAAUGAAACCACUUGACCAUAAGAAUCUGGACAAAGAUGUUCCAUACUUUGCCAGUGUUGUUAGCACUACAGAAAACGUAGCUAUUUUCAUCUGGGACAACCUACAGAAAUACCUCCCAGCAAACCUAUUGUAUGAAGUAAAGGUGUACGAAACAGACAAGAACAUUGUGGUUUACCGUGGGGAGUAGGUAAUUCCCUUCAGUUCUUGCAGUAUUGUGAUCUCCUCACACUGGCAUCUUGUUCAACUAUGAAUUCUGAUGGACCUGAUUACUCUUCCACACAAUAACACCAAUGUGAAUUGUCACCACUACAGAAUGUUAAAUUCUGUUAACCUGCCAAAAUAGCUCCCCCACAAACUACAACAGGCACUUCCCCCAUUUACUUCAGCAUCCAGAAAAAUCCACAAGUGCUUCAUUUUGGUAUCUAAUUGUUCUUCGAGGUUUCCACUACUCUUCCAAGAAGUUCAUUCCACAUGUUCACUUUGUGUAUGAAGACCUGUUUAACAACCUGAUAUCAAUCCGAGGUUUACCUUUGGUUAUUGAAAUUAUCCCCCUUGUCCUUGUGGUGUGAAUUGUCAUAAAGCAACAAUGGUGUGUGUGUGUCACAAUUAGCUAGUCCAUGGGGCCAAUAUCUUUGCAGUGACAAAUCUGAGAUCACACUGAUACUUGACACGCUGUCAUUUUGAUGCAGCUAAAAAGAAAGGUUGAGAAAAUCUAGGAAAUUAAAGUUCUGGACUGAUGAAACCAAUAUUUUCAAUGUCAUUGCAAAUGGGGUUUACUUGUCAGAACUGUAAACUGGGCAGAACUUUGACCAAUAUUCACAGAUAUCUUUAUCCAUGUCACAGUAAAAGCUCCAAUACCAUUUUGUUUUAACGGGCACCUUAUCAACCAGCAGUCUUGAUAAACUGGCAAAAUUUACAUACUUCAAAUACUAUCGUUUACGGUGAUGUAAUGCUGUAAGUAAGAUAUAACAGUGAUGUGUAUAACCUUUGCAUUAUGUUUCUAUUACUUACUAUGUGUUUUACAUUGAUUUUAAGAGUUGUGUUGAUGUUUUUACAUCGAUUCUUUAAGGAAUCUUGAUGCUUUGCUUAGUCAGGAUUACUGUAAACCUCUUGACUAUCAGAAUAUUUGGUCAACCUGCACUUACCUUGUCCUAUAGGUGCCAGUUAAUAAAGCGUUUGCUGUAUUUUCAUUUUGGGUAGUGUACCUUUUUAAUUCCAAAAUGAAACCAGGGGUGUGGAAAAUGACAUUCUGAAAAAGGUAUGAUUGGACUUUAGUUCCAAGAAAAGCUGCUAUGGGGAAGAAAGCUUUUCAUAAAAAGCCAAAAGUAAAUAGAAAGUUAAUUAUUGAUGAAAUUUCAGAUGGUCUUGGAACCAGCUGGUCAGAACAUAGCAUGAUACCCAUUUAGAAUAAAACCAGCAGUUAGGGGACUAAAGAAGACACUUUUGAGGAAUGGUGUGUAAUACAGUUGAAAGCUAAAUGAAGAGAGCAGAGAUUGUGCAUUACAUAUGACCAUUGUGUUCUAGUUUUGCCAGAGGCAACAUGAAGGUCUUGUAGAAGGGAGUCUUUGGGUAUCCUUGCCAUCAAAACUACUGCGAGUCUAGCAUGGGAAAUGCUGUAGGGGUGUGCUGUAAUGAUAUCAACCGUAUCCAGGGACUGUAGAUGGAAUGUAGCUGCUAAGGAAAGUGAUUUGAGGGUCAAAUCCAUUAAAUGGAAUGUGAGAGGUUCUUAUAGGAGCCGAAAUUAGAGUGAGAUUGUACCUUCUACUAUAUGUGUGUGUAAAGUAAUGCAUGUGUUGUAAGUAAGUGAUGAACAUCUUUUUGUAUCAGCUAUUUAAAUAAAUUUAUCCUUUCUUUAUUUAAGAUA